UCGUUCGACAUUCGGCUACUCUUGCCUGCAGCGAGUCUGUAGGGCGCACACGCUGAUUGGUCCGCCUGGUUGAUUACAGGUGACCGCUGUCGGCGCUCGAUUACAACUGACUGAAUCUAUGCUCGGCAUGUGAUUAGUCCGGGCUUGUUGUUGAUUUCUCCCUCCGAUAGGCCGCGGAUGACAGGCGGUAAAGAUGGAGGACACCGGGGACGGGAUGAGCGGCGGCACGUGCUGGUGUCUGCGGAGACUGGGAUCAAGCCGGGACAUAUUACUACUGCCUGAGGGGGAGGAGGUGACCUUGGGCAGAGCGUUCACCACGUACCAGCUGCAGUCCACCCUGUGCCCCCUCAUGGUCUCCCGGGUGCACUGCAUCUUCAAGCAGAACGCAGAGGGUCAGUGGACCAUCACCGACAACAACAGCCUCAAUGGCGUUUUCCUCAAUAAACAGAAGCUGGAGCCUCAGAAGCCCUACGUCGUGACCAGAGGGAGCUGCGUCCAGGUGGGGGUGGCUCUACCCAACACAGAACAGGCCGAGUUUGAAUAUGAACUGGUUCAGGAAAAUCUAGAACAGAUCCGACCGCAUUUGACUCCGCAGUCGGGGAAGAGAAAGUCGACCAGAACCAAACGUAAGCUGAACUGUGAGGACUCUGAGGCCUCUGGGACGGAGGGCACCUCCGGCACCUCCAGGGCCAAAAUCCACCGGGUCUCGAAAGACUGCAGAGAGCCAACCAGGUCCCGUAAGACUGAGAUGGCCAAGCAGCCCACAGUGAAAGUGGAGGCUGUGGUGGAUUUGGAGAGCUCCAUGGACGCUGAUAUGAUGGCCCCCUCUCAAACACCGUCUCAGAGCAAUUUCCAUUUGACCAAAAUGAGACAGUCUAUUGUAGAACUUAGGGACCUAAAUGCUCAGGUCCAGGAGAAGCUGAAGAUCCCUGAGCAGAGCGGCUCCACGGGCAGCAGACAACCAGCGUCCACACAGCAGCAGCUCCAGGACCUUCAGAAGGAGCUGUGCAGUAAACAUGAGGAGCAUCUCCAGAGGGUCAGUGAGCUGAAGAAGGUCUUCCAGGAGGAGCAAGGAAGCACGGGGAAACCAUCGCAGGCAGAAGAGGAGCCUCUGGGGGAGCAGCUGGCGCAGGCGCUGAAAGAGCACUCGCUGCUCAUGGAAGAUCUGAACCGCAGUCGCCGGGAUUUUGAACAAAUAAUUCAAGCAAAAAAUAAAGAGCUACAGGAAACCAAGGAGGAUAAGGAAAAGGUGGCCGCGCAGAAGGAGGAGGUCUUCAACCACAUGAACGACGUCCUGGACAAUGAGCUGCAGUGCAUCAUCUGCUCCGAGCACUUCAUCGAGGCCGUGACCCUGAACUGCGCCCACAGCUUCUGCUGCUUCUGCAUCCAGUCAUGGAGAAAGAGAAAAGAAGAAUGUCCCAUCUGCCGGCAGGAGAUAACGACCCAGACCCGUUCCCUCGUCCUGGACAAUUGUAUUAACCGCAUGGUGGACAAACUGAGCCCCGAAAUGCAGGACCGUCGCCUGGCUCUCAUACUAGAGCGCAAAGAUCAGGCAGCAGAGACGCUCCUCCGCUCCAUCCCGGUCUCCUCUGACAGCGAGGGCAGCCCCCUACCCUCUGACAUCAUCCUCUCCAGCAGCGAGGAAGCCGAUGACCUGCUGCAGGAGGACAUCUUGUGGGACAGCGAAGACUCGCACUACUCCUUCUCCGACGAGGACAUCGAGGAUCAGGGGGAUCUCUUCUCCGACGACGAUGAUGACGACGACGACGACUUUUUCUUCAUGAUGUGAUCCGUCCUCCUGGUCAGGGCCGCGGACUCGAGUCUCUGCCAGGCGGAGCAUUAAAGUCUUGCCGCCGUCUGCUGGACUCCAUGACAGUUGGUUGAUUUGGUGGCUGUAGCUAAGAGGCGGCGUGCCCUGUGGUGGGAGGUUGUAGUAUGUUCUGUAUAGGAUCGGGGUUACAUGAAGAGCACCGUUGUUCAGUCACCCUGUGAGUAACCCCCUGUCCCCCCCUCAGUCAUCCAUGGGAAACUUUAGAUGCGAGCCACAGCGGAGGAGGCUCUGAUGUCACCAAAAAACUGCUGAAUGUGACUGACAAUUGCCUCGUCUUCUGUACCAGUAAACAGCGGGGG